AUGGAGGCAUUCAUGGAAGAGUUUCAACAUCUUAAAUUCCAACUGGAAGAGAUAAAGUUAGCCACGACCAACUUUGAUAACAACAACGUUAUUGGGAAAGGUGGAUUUGGGAAUGUGUACAAAGGAGUACUACGCUCUCACUGUGAGGGGAGAAAUGUGGUGGCUUUUAAACGUCUUGAUCGUAGAUAUGGGCAAGGAGACUCUGAGUUUUGGAAAGAAGUCUUAAUGCUUUCUCGUUACAGACAUGAAAAUCUCAUCUCUCUCCUUGGAUUCUGUGAUGAAGAUGGUGAGAAGAUCCUUGUGUAUGAGCAUGCAUCUCAUGGAAGCCUCGAUCACCACUUAAGUAGACCUACUCUCACAUGGCAACAACGCCUAAAGAUAUGCCUUGGGGCUGCAAUGGGACUGAGCUACCUUCAUGAUCCAAAAGGGACACAACAAAGAGUUCUCCAUCGUGAUAUAAAAAGUUCCAAUAUUUUACUUGAUGAGAAUUGGAAUGCUAAAGUUUCAGACAUGGGAUUAUCGAAAGUUGGACCUGCUAAUCAGCAGCACACUUUUCUUGUCUCCAAUGUUGUAGGCACCUUUGGGUAUUUAGAUCCGAUGUAUCUUGCCACAAGCAUUCUAACAAAAGAAUCAGAUGUAUACUCUUUCGGUGUGGUCUUAUUUGAAGUAUUGUGUGGGAGACUAUGUUUUGAAUAUAACAAAGGUCAUUUGCGAAGUUUAGUGCACUUGUGGAAAAAAAACUACAAACAAAAGAAGUUGGAUGAGAUUAUCUUUCAAGAUUUGAAGCAACGGAUUGAUCCAAAUUCAUUGGAAACAUAUUCAGACAUUGCCUAUCGAUGUUUGCAAAAAUCACGUGAUGAAAGGCCAAAGAUGUGUGAGGUUGUUGAAAAACUUGAGAUCGCUCUUCGAUUUCAGGAGAUUUUUGAAGAAUCAAUGAACUAUGAAGAGAUUGUUAAGACUGCAAUACCUCCUCUUGUCUACAGAUCCAUUGAGGAGCUAAAGAUUCUUCUUUCAAAAGGAAUAUUCCUUAACCGGGGUAGAACGAGGUUUUGGCUAAAUAAGAAUGGAGAACAUUGUGAAACAAUAUCUGCAGCAGAAUGUUUGAUUCCUAUUCGCACUGUAUCUGAGUAUUAUUAUCGACGAACUAAACCAAGAUUUAUAGAAUCUUCAUGCAGAUUUGCAGUGAAUGGCCAUCAACCAUUAUGUAUGGAAUUCAAAACACAUAUCAGACCACAAUUUUUGUCACAGUAUACUACAUACACUGUAAACCUUGUGUUCCAAUUGAAGAACACAAACUAUUUAGGCCUCUGUUACAGAUUGGCUGAGGAGACAAAAUCUUGGACCUCAUACUUAGUAGAGAAAAGAGACGAUGGAUGUUUGAUGGCAGAAUUAUAUCAUUUUACUAGCGACAACAAAAAUUUUGAUCUUGAAAUUACAUUUCUAUCCGAGGAACCAUUGAUAGUUGAAGGCAUCGCGUUUCUGCCCCUGGAUAGAGUGGAGCAGGAAGUGGUAGGGGAUGAGGAGAUGGAUAUGCAAACUGAUUCAGACACAUAUUGGGAAGAAAAGUUGCCACGUGAUUAUGAAGACAUAAUCAAAACGUCAAAAGAUAGUUUGCAAUGGACAACAAAGAAGGAGCUCUACUAUGUUCUUUGCAAAGGGUUCCCUAUCAAUGAUGGUGACCAGUGGUUUUCUCUUGCAAAAGAUGGGAAGAAAUGUUAUAUGUUAUCAGCAAGAGUGGCUUUGACUAAAGGCCAUUGGAGUUGGCGAUCUUUACCUGAAUCAAGAUUUGGAGUAGUGGCUUAUAGUCCUCGAUGCAACUUUUCGAUAUAUUGCUUAUUCAGAAUGUUGCCACCUCAAAAAACGUAUGCAGCUUACCUUGUUUACAAAUUACAAGCAUACCAUUCUCGUUUUGAGUUGCCUUUGAAAGUGAGUUAUGGACAUCAUUCAUGGUAUAUCUAUUUACUUUGUCCUCAACUCCCAAUUAUUAGAGGAAAGGUUAAUCAAAACACCUACAACCCACUAAAGAGACGCAAAAUGAAUGGCAUUCCACAAAAACGGAAUGAUGGUUGGAUGGAAGUACAAAUAUGGGAAUUUCAAACCACCAUGGAUGUAGAAGUAUGGGAAUUUCAUACCUCCACUACUUCUGAAAAGAUUUUAAUGGAUUGUGGAUUGAACUUUUCUGCUAACGAGUCACUUGAAGGACUUAUUCUACAAGGCAUUGAGUUUAAACCGAUGAAUUAAUUAAUUGUAAAUACUAGGGAUGAAUAAGGCACCAUAGAAUUUUUUUUUUCAAUCUGUAUAUCAUACCAAAUAUAGCUAGAUACAAAUUAUUUGCUAUCAGUAGAUUACCAAAAAUUGUUCUAACCAACUUAUUCAGCUACCAGUAAAUUUGGUU